UUUGUUUGUUUGAGUGACUCAGCAUACUUGGUGAAGUGACAGAGACUCGUUUUGUGAUUUUGAGGUUCAUAUCCUGUCCAAUUUAAGACCCUCCUGCUCCAAAAUUUCGCUUUGGUCAAUUAUUUAUGAGCAUGAAGAUUACUGGCCGCAUCACAAUUCUGUUAGAGGGUUUAAUUCUUCCGCUCGUUGCAGUUAGCGGUUUGAAAUGCCAUCACUGCCUAAGCUCGUCAUCGCUGUAUGACUGUGGCAAGUCAAGCGAGAAGAUUGAAUGUCCUGAAAUAGCAGACAACUGUGCUAAUAUUUCCACUGAAGUCGAGACUAGCGUUGGUUCGAUUAAAAGCUAUUUCUACGGCUGUGCUACCAAGAAAAUGUGCGACGAUGCCAGGGAACAACUUAAAGUGUGUCAAAAGAUCAGUGGUGGAGGCUAUAAAGUGAAAUGCAACAUCACUUGCUGCAAUGGAGAUUUAUGCAGUCCAAUCGUUACUUCACAAAGUACCAUGUCACUUUCAGGCCACUUUUUCCUACUUCCUGUUAUAAUUUCCGCUCUUUCUUAUCUUAAAGACUACUGAACAGCAACUGUUUUGUGCAUCUCGAAUUUCCCUUACCAAAUGCAUUUUUCAUUAUUCAGAUUUCGUAUUUCAUGUUGGACGAGAGAU